UCCGCUCAGGUUAAUGAUUCCUCAUCUGCGCCUUCGGCGGUAUAAAGGCGUCUCUCCGGAGUCACUCUGCGUUCAGCGGUCAGCAUGUCGUUCAGUGGGAAGUAUCAGCUGGAGAGUCAGGAGGGCUUCGUGGAGUUCAUGAAGGCCGUCGGUCUCCCCGACGAUCUGAUCGAGAAAGGCAAAGACAUCAAGAGCGUGUCUGAGAUCGAGCAGAACGGAGACCACUUCAAAGUGACCGUCACCACCGGAGCCAAGGUCCUGACCAACAGCUUCACCAUCGGCCGGGAGAGCGACAUCGAGACGCUGACCGGAGACAAAGUCAAGGCCGUCGUCAAUAAAGACGGGAACAAGCUGAUCGUCGUCCUGAACAAAGUGACGUCCGUCACGGAGCUGGUGGACGGGAACACGCUGGUCAACACGCUGACGCUGGGCGGCCUCGUCUACAAGAGGACCAGCAAACGGCUGGCCUGAACACCGCCGGGACUGAGCGUGCAGAAACAAUCAUUAAAGAUUUCUAAAAAUCA